AUGUCCGGCCUAACCUCCAACCGCACCCUGCAAAUUCUGAAGAAGGCGCAAGAAGGCGGAUACGCCGUCAACGCGCAAGUCGUGUACGACGCAGGCCAGGCAAGGGCCUACGUCGAUGCGUGUGAGCGUAAGCGAUCCCCUGGGAUUCUGAUGCUCUUCCCGAUCAGCGUGCAGCAGCAGGGCGGUGCGUUCCUCCGUUAUUGUCUCGACAUUGCGCACAACGCCUCGGUCCCCAUCUCCGUGCACCUGGACCACGCCACCUCCGCCGAGCAACUGGAACUCGUGCUCGGCCUCGCAGACAAGGGCACAAAGUUUGACAGCAUCAUGGUCGACGCAAGCCACGCGGACACGGACGAGGAGAACAUUGCCAUCGCGCGGCCGUGGAUUGAGCGCUGUAACCGGCUCGGCAUCGCGACCGAGGUUGAGCUGGGACGGCUCGAGGGUGGCGAAGCGGGCUUGAGGGAGAUUACGGGCGCUAUGCUGACUGAUCCGGCAAAGGCGGAGGAGUUUGUUAAGAAUGACUAUCGGGAGGGCAUCCUUGAUGCACUCGUGUCCGAGGACGCCGUCAAGGGCGACGUACUUCUGAGCGACUCGGAGUACAGGUCACCAAGAACUUCUCUCUCCGAUUCUCCGCUCCGAGAUUGUGUCUCCGAGAGUCAUGCCUCCGAGAAUCAUGUUUCCGAGAAUCGCUACCUCCGAAACUCUCAUACGGACUCCAAGAAUGCCUUUCCCGAGAAUGCCUCUCCCGAAACUCCCAUCGCCGAGAAUACCAGCGCCGAGAACGGCCUGACCAGCAGGACCGGCGCGGACAUUCUCGCCCCCUCGAUCGGCAACCUGCACGGCAGCUACAAGUUCCUGCCCGGCGGCCCGCAGUUUGACUGGUCGAUCCUCGAGGACCUGCACGCGCGUUUCGGCUCCUCGCCCACCGGCCCCUACCUCUGCAUGCACGGGACGGACGAGCUCAGCGACGAGUUCUUCCGCCGCAUCGUCAAGUGCGGCGUGAGCAAGAUCAACGUCAACUCGUGGCUGCGCGAGCCGUACGUCUCCACGCUGAGCAAGGCCCUCCAGACCAAGACUAUGCCCGAGGCCAUUGACGAUGCGCACGAGGCCAUGGUCAAGGAGGCGGAGCGCUUCUGCGACCUGCUCGGCAGCACGGGUAAGGCGUAG